UAACAAUGCUCUUGUCAACCCUGAAAUUAGGAAUGUGGUAAAGCGAAGAGCACAGGGAGGGAAAUCGCGGAGCGCUUGUUCUUCCAAUCGCGGGCGCGGCGCUUGAUCGGCGGAUUGCGGAGCUAUGUUGCCGGGGAUUGUGCGCUCCUCGUCUCGUCAUUUGCCCUGCCGGAGAUCCCUGACAAAAUGGAUGAGCGUCAGGAAUCUAGCAGCUGCCAGUGGAGAUCAGAUGACUGUUCGUGAUGCGCUCAACUCCGCCAUUGACGAGGAGAUGGCUGCCGAUCCUAAAGUGUUUGUGAUGGGAGAAGAGGUUGGAGAGUAUCAAGGCGCUUACAAGGUCACAAAAGGAUUGUUGCAAAAAUACGGACCUGACCGGGUGCUGGACACGCCUAUCACAGAAGCUGGUUUUACUGGCAUCGGUGUUGGAGCGGCGUUUCAAGGCCUCAAGCCUAUCGUGGAGUUCAUGACGUUCAACUUUGCUAUGCAGGCUAUUGAUCACAUCAUCAACUCUGCAGCAAAGACAUACUAUAUGUCCGGAGGGCAAAUAUCUGUUCCCAUUGUAUUUCGGGGUCCCAAUGGUGCAGCUGCCGGUGUUGGUGCUCAACACUCACAGUGCUUUGCAGCAUGGUACGGGUCCUGUCCGGGGCUAAAAGUCGUGACUCCAUACUCGGCGGAAGAUGCACGAGGCCUUUUGAAAGCAGCAAUCAGGGAUCCCGAUCCUGUCGUGUUUUUGGAAAACGAGUUGCUGUACGGGGAGAACUUCCCAGUGUCCUCACAAGUUCGGGAUCCAAACUUCACUCUACCGAUAGGAAAGGCCAAGGUGGAACGAGAAGGAACUGAUGUAACGAUCACUGCUUUCUCGAAGAUGGUUGGUUUUGCGCUAAAAGCUGCUGACGAGUUGGCCAAGGACGGCAUCAAGGCGGAAGUGAUCAAUCUUCGCUCCAUACGUCCGCUUGACAGAGAGACCAUCAACGCAUCAGUGAGAAAGACAUACCGUCUCGUUGCUGUGGAGGAGGGGUGGCCACAGCACGGCGUUUGUGCCGAAGUCUGUGCUAGCGUCCAGGAGGAAAGCUUUGACUACUUGGAUGCUCCAAUCGAGAGGAUUUCCGGUGCUGACAUUCCAAUGCCUUACGCUGCGAACUUGGAACGCUUGGCGCUUCCUCAGAUCGAAGACAUUGUUCGGGCCGCUAAGAGAGCUUGCUAUCGUUCAAAGUAGCCCUCCCGCUCGUCCACCUUCGUUUUUCUUCCUUUUCUUGAACUUCAGACCCAAUUUUUCCUCACGGGACAAUUUCGCGUUUAUAAUAAAUGGUUUAAAAUGGUUGUAAUGAGAAGAAUAAAAACCUUUUUGUUAUCAAAA